CAAUCCUCCAAGUAGAAAAGCACAGCCAAAUUUCCAAACUCCUAAGCUAGGUUUUUUUGGCCAAUAUCCCAACGAUCUUCUUCUGCUUCAGCCAUGGCCUUUAACAUUAGCUUCAGAUGUUUGGCAAUUGUUUUCCUUGCAGUUUUGGCCACCGUGCAAGGAACUCUUGGGGAGAUAGAGUGUGAGUAUUUGAGCCACGACACGUGCGCAUUUGCGGUGUCAUACGAAGGAAAACGGUGCGUGCUUGAGAAGCGUGUGAAGAGGACAGGGGAAGAAGCAUACACGUGCAAGACUUCAGAGAUUGAAGCUGAAAAACAAAAGAACCAUAUUGAGAGUGAUGAAUGUAUUAAGGCUUGUGGUUUGGACAGAAAAUCCUUUGGAAUCUCAUCAGAUUCUCUUUUGGAAACUCGUUUCACACAAAAUCUGUGUUCCCCUCAAUGCUACCAAAGCUGCCCCAACAUUGUUGAUCUUUACUUCAACCUUGCAGCUGGUGAAGGUGUGUUUCUUCCAAAACUGUGUGAAGCACAAGGUGCAAAUGCUCGUAGACAAAUGAGUGAGAUGAAAAGUUCUGGUAUUGUGGCACCAGGACCCGUGCACUCUCUUCACUUCACAGCAAUUCCUCCACAAUCUUUUGAUGCUGCUGAGUUCGCAGCUGAACCUGCACUCACCCCAGGACUCCCCUAAUUCUAAGUAGUACUCUUCGGAAUGCAUAAUUAAGAUUAGUAAAUGUUAUACUUUGAUGUGUGUUUAGUUUGUAAUAAGGAUGUUGCAUACACCAAUAUACAUAGUUAUGUAGGAGGUUUGGAAUGUGCAGUCAUAAUAUAUUCUGUUGUACAAAAUUUUAAUGCUGCAAGUGGUCUUUCAGACUCUUGGCAUUGAAAAUGAGUGUAGCUUUUAUUAUUUUUGGUUCAUAUAAAUUCCUCAUUAUAGUUGUUGGAAGUGGUCUU